AUGAUUAGACAGCAGCAGGAGUACAGAACAGACGAACCAGUUCUAACACUUUAUCGUGGUUGUCAAUUACCCAAUGAUGAAUUUGAACGCAUACAACAAAAUAUUAGAAAUUUAAUUUCAAUAAAUGGCUUUCUCUCUACGAGUCGUUCUAAAGAUGUUGCACUAAUCUACACUGGUACCUCUAAUGACAAUGUGCAUCAACCUAUUCUAUUUGAGAUUGAAUUAAAUUUAAAUGAAUUAUACAAUUCUAUAAUUAUUGUUGAUAUAAGUACCUAUAGCAAGUUUCCUGACGAAGAAGUUUUAUUUGAUUUGGGUGCUGCAUUUAAAAUUGUCUCGAUUGAAGAAGACAAGGAUUUAAAAGUGUGGCUCAUUAAACUAAAAACAACGGAUGAAGGUACAAAUUUAGUGACAGAGUACAUUGAACUCAAUCGCAAAGAAAAUGAUGAGACUAGUGCCGUGAUUAUGUUUGGAAAUCUUUUAAUGGGCAUGGGGAAACUCGAUCAAGCACAAAAAUACUUCGAAGCAUUAUUAGCAAAUGAUCUGCUACGACAAGAAAAGGACGAAGCACGAAUUUAUAACAAGUUAGGUAAUGUAUACUAUAAUAAAGGUGAACUUGGCAAGGCACUUCAAAGUUACCAGCGUGCCUAUGAUCUGAUGGUGUAUUGCGAUCCUCCACGUAUUAAGGAUUCAGCUGAGCCAUUAAAUAACAUUGGCAGUGUUAUGUGUGAAACAAAAGAAGUUGAUAAAGCACUGCAAUCCUAUUUCAAAGCAUUAGAAAUCGAUGAACAAUCUUUCGGUAAAGAAUCGUUAAGAGUAGCAAUUACUCUACACAGUAUUGGUUUUACUUAUGAAGAAAAAAAAGAUUUUCAAAGUUCAUUAGAUUACUAUGAAAGGACAUUAAAAAUUCAACAGAAACUAUUGCCGAAUGAUCGUGUUGAUAUUGCAAGGAGUCUAAAUAAUAUUAGGACUGGUUAUCAGAGAAUGGAUGAAUACGAUCGUGCAUUUGAGUACCAUAUAAAAGCAUCGCAAAUGCGACAAAAAUUACUACCAGAAAAACAUGAUGAUAUAGCAGAAAGUUUUCAUAACAUUGCUGAAGUACUUCGUGAUCAGGGACAAUUAGAUGAAGCACUCGAAUACUAUUUUAAAGCGGUUGAAAUACGUGAAAACAUCUUUGGUAAUUCAAAUGGACAUCUUAAUCUCGCCAUGACACUACAUAACACUGGAAUGACUUACAAACAAAAGAAGGAUUACGUUCAUGCACUUGAAUACUAUCAACGAGCGUUAGAAAUGAAUCAGUGUUUAUUAAAACCAUCAGACAACCAACCUGAAAUUUCAGAAUUAAACAAUUAUAUUGCUCGAACAAGGUGA